AUGACCGCCGCUCGCCCACCCUCGCCCGAGGCCGCUCCACGAGGAAGCCCGAGGCCAAGUCAACGCCCAAACUCGAAUAAGAACGAGGCAGAGCCCGAUAAAGCUGUUGAAAAGAAGCCAACUACAUUGGAUAAAGUGGGGGAAUGGUCUGCGAAACAUGCGUCGGCGAUAUGGGCCAAUUUGCAAACGGGCAAUCUCUGGCAAAGAAUGCUCAAAAACACUAUCGCCUCGACAAUUGCCAUAAUAAUAGCCCUGAUACCUGCCGUUAUUGGCGUCUAUGGGAAGGCUACAUAUCUGGCGGUUAUUACCACCGUUUUUGGCCAUCCAGGGAGGCGCUUCGGCAUGAUGGCUGAAGCAUUGAUCCUGACAAUUCUUGGGACGCUUUUUGGGGCGGCCUGGUCAGUGUUGGGAGUUUACCUAUCGUCUUUGGUAUAUCAUUACAAUAUACCGGCAGCUUUUACUAUUAAGGGAGUUUUCCUCACAUUGGCUGUUUUGUUUCAUGGAUACCUGAGGUCCCAUACCCCACGGCUGUUUUUGGGGGUACUUCUGAUGCUCAUCGUCGUUGUCGUCACUUUGACAAACCCUGCUACAGCCGUUACUGUUGGAUUAGUCACUGCUAUCCUCUAUCCAAUUUUAUCGGCAGUAGGGAUCUUACUUAUUGUCAAUGUUACUGUUUUCCCAGAGUUCAGUAGUAGCUUUUUGGGCAUUACCACCAUUGAGACUCUGAGCCAGACAGUCAGCACUUUGAGAGACGCCAACAGCUACUUUGUCGCCAUUCUCGAACCCAAUAAUGAGACGAUUGUAAAACAAGACGGGGGCAGUUAUGAGGAAGAAGCUGAGACGAGCGACCAGGAACUAGAAGCUCCAAAAGAAUCUUUAUUCCAUAGGCUGCUUAAAGCAGCCAAGUCUCUACGGUCAAAACCGUUAAAGGAGGAACCCUUUGACCCCGCCAAAACAGCUGAAGGAGAGCGUUCUGGAGAAGAACCCUCUGCUGCAGAAGUUCCGAAACCUGUUAUUCCGUCAAUUAUCGAGCUGAAAUCAUUGACUGAUCAGAAGGCGAAGCUGCGAGCUAAACUUGAGAGCUGCAAAUCUGCACAGCAAGAAUGCAUGUUCGAAUUAGCAUUUGCCGUUCUGCCGCCGCGAGACUUGAAACCAAUCAGCGCUACGUCGAUGAAGAAGCUCGUUGCGAACACAAUAUCCUUAAUUGGUGCAUGUGAGAGCAAAUAUGCAUUACUGGGCGACAUAGACGACGUUAAAGUUGCCAGUGAUGGAGCUAAGGGUGUCAAAACUCCUACGGGAAGCAUAAGUAGGAGCAGACGGUCCUCGUUUGAUCAAGAUUCUGAGACGGGCGGUGAAUCAAGUCACGAGCAAUUCAGCGACAAAGAAGAGUCACAUAUGCCUUGGAAGAAGAAGAAGAAGAAGAAGAAAGCCCAUAGGAGUAAAAGCAGGGGUAGAAGAAGCAAAAGCAGAGCUAGGCUUAGGAGAGAGAAGGAAGACUUGGAAAUGGUGAAGCCGCAGAAGGAAAUAAAGUCCGCGGAUGAGGAGCUCAUGAGACGCCUACUAAAACGAAUUGAAGGUCCUCUCCAUUCACUCCAAGAAAACAUCGACAAAAGCGUGGAAGUUAUCACGUCUUGCCUGGCCUACUGUUAUGAUGUCCGAAAGCUCCCAUCUGGUGCAUUCCCCCCGAAGGGAAUUGAAUUGGAGGAAUUGGACAUCCACAUUGACGCUAUGAAAGCUUCCAUUGUGGAUUUCGACAAGAAUGCCUCAGCCGCCCUCGAAUCCGCUACAGCAUAUUAUGAAUCUCACAGCACGCAUGUUGAUGUGACACCUAGAAUGGAGAUUUUCUUGAUCUCGAGCUUCAUACUUAACCUUCGGCAGGCGGCAACCAACAUGCGCAAAAUGUUGAAGCAUUCACGGAAAUUGGUAGAGAAGAGGCAGGAACGCCAUGAAAAACGAAGGUUGUGGGCUCCAAGGAUUGACUGGCGGAAGUGGUUGACCACAGGUGGAGAACACGAUAUGCUGUCCCUUCCUGAACAGGGCCGGAAAGACAAGCGCCAGGGUAAGGAAGACCAACAAGAUGACGACAAAGGGCCUCAUGAGACACGAGCAAAGGUUAAGACUGGUGAUCUUGAGGCUGGUGGCCAAACGGCACCAGCACAGAAACCCCCCAUACCGAAGGUGACCAAAAAGGUCAAACCCAAGGAGAAGGAAAAAAGCUGGUUUGCACGUCUGCGGAUCAAGCUCGCUGAUUUUGUCGAUGCGGUCGCAGCUUCGGAUGAUGUUGAGUACGCAAUAAAGCUCAGUAUUGCAGUCCUUCUGGUGACAUGGCCUGCUUUCGUUGGGAAGUGGAAUACGUGGUACUACCUAAAUCGUGGAUUAUGGGCAGCCCUUCAACUAGUAUUGAUCACGGAAGUCGUGAUUGGUGCCAGUGUUUGGGUCUUUUUACUCAGGGUUGUAGGGACAACUAUCGGCUGUUGCUGGGGCUUAGCCGCAUUUGAAGCCUCCCAAGGAAACCGUGUGAUCACAGUUGUUAUGUUGGUUAUAGGGGUUGUUCCAUCAACAUAUGUCCAGCUCGGAACCACGUACGUCAAAGCGGGCAUGGUGUGCAUCAUAUCGAUGUGCAUUGUCGCUCUGGCAAGCGUCGACAACACUCUGUCAGGAGGUGCAGUAGACAACUUUCUGAAGCGUCUUAUUGCUUUCCUGGUCGGUGGAGCCGUUGCUAUAUUCAUCGAAUUCGCUGUAUUGCCUGUUCGAGCUAGGGAUCGACUUGUCGAGUCUCUCGCUGCAGCAAUUCAAAAGAUUUCGGAGAUGGAGGCAUGCCUGGCGUAUGGCGUAGAGAGCGGAAAGAACACAGAUGCGCGAUCUCCAGAAGUCAUAGAGAGGUUUGAGAUCGCUAUGGGUAAAGCCGAGGACGCACUUGGAGCAGCUGCGACUUUUCUUCCAUUCUGCAACCAGGAACCUCGACUGAAGGGUUCUUUUGCUGGGCUUAGCCUGGUUUAUCAGGAGGUUCUCUACGUCCUUCAUCGCAUCAUAGAAAGAAUGGACAACAUACUCCAGCUACGGAAUGAGUAUGGCUCCGGCGUUCUCGAGGAACUUAACGAAGAGAUUUACGCCUAUCGAAGAAACCUAGCUGGCAGCAUAACUUUGAUUCUAUUCGCCGUGCAUGAAGCGCUUACAACUAAACUGCCACUCCCUCAGUUUCUGCCUUCUGCACGAUUGGCACACCUUCGAGUUGUGAACCGCGUACGAGAGAUUGUAUUGGAGAAUGAACCUGCAAUCCUUGGCAAAGACAACAUGGAACGAUCGAAGAUGGAGAAGCUCAUGGUACGCCGGAUGUUGCGCCAGAAGUUUCUGUCUUGGAACGCAGCCUCGGCUGGGCAGAUCGAGAUCAUUGAGUAUUUAGAGGAGCUGGUGGAUCUUACUAAGCUCUUGGUUGGUGCGAACGAGUUCCGGAGCGGGCUCUUGACCAGGCCAUCCUACUCUGAUUAUAUCAAAAAAAUCAAAGAGAGCGGGCAAGCCGAAGAGCGUGAAACACUAAUUGAGGAAGAAAAACGCGGUCGGCAAGAGACCGAACCCAGCCAAGCUCCACAAAGACGCCGAAGCGGGCAAUCCCAGGAAGCCGAGAUGGCGGAUAAAGUGGCUGAGAAAUUGGAGCCUGGGGUGAGGAAGAGAAGGAACACUAGACUGGGCAGCAUCGUCAAUACUGAGGGUGGCGAGCAGAUUAGCGCGAAGCUGGCGAAUGCAGAGCUGCCGAUGUCGUUGCGGAGGGUUAGAUCCAAGAGGAUUGAGGAGGAGUUGGAGAGGAUCCGUAGCAAACAGAGCAUUGAGGAGGAAGAGAGUAGGAAGGGCAAGUAA